AUGGAUGAAAGGUUGAGGAGUGCAGCUCUAUCAGGAAAUAUAGAUGCCUUGUAUUAUUUAAUUCGAGAUGACGCAGAUGUUUUACAACGCAUCGAUGAGAUGGCGUUUGUUGAUACUCCACUGCACAUAGCUGCAGCUGCAGGGCACACUGAUUUUGCAAUGGAGUUAAUGAACUUAAAGCCAUCAUUCGCUAGGAAGGUCAACCAAUGCGGAUUUAGCCCUCUUCACCUAGCCUUGCCAAAUAAACAAGAAAAGAUGGUGGCUCAUCUCCUGUUAAUUGAUAAAGAUCUUGUUCGUGUCAAAGGGAGGGAGGGUCACACUCCUCUUCAUCAUGCAGCCAAGGAAGGAAAUGUUCCUCUUCUGUCUCAAUUUCUGGACCAAUGCCCCAAUUCUAUCUUAGAUUUGACUAUUCGAAAAGAUACUGCUGUGCAUAUUGCAGCACAAAAUAAUCAUUUAGAAGCUUUCAAAGCCAUACUGCGACGGCUUCCCACUGUAUACGAAGUAAGAAUCCUAAACUUAGAGGACAAGGAUGGAAACACUGUGUUGCACAUAGCCGCAUCAAAUAACCAACGCCAGAUGAUCAAACUGUUAAUAAAAAGCCAGAAGGUUGAUUGGAAUAAGGUUAAUCAGAGUGGUUUUACAGCUUUGCCUGUCUUGGAAGCACCAGCUGGAGAUGACAGCAGAGAGAGUGUGAGCAUGCUGAAACAUGCCAAAGUUCCACCCUUAAUUUUUUUAGGGAAGAUGCUUCUUCAAAGUCGGUGUUUUACUGAAAUAAUAACUGAUAUUCUGGAAAUGAAAACUGAUACGAUCAAUACGUUGCUAGUCGUAUUGGCACUGAUUCUAUCGAUGACUUACCAAGCUGUCCUCAGCCCACCGGCUGGUGCUUGA